UGCUCUGAAAGAAAAAAAAACAGCAGACAGCAGCCACAUGGAACACAUGUGUUGACUUGUACGACUUGUUUGUUUUUGUGAAUUUAUGUUUGAAAGGAAGUCAUGGGCUUAACAAAGCCACAGGAACGCCAUAGGGCAAGUGCCCUUAAACAGUCAAACAAGGCUCACAAACAUGGUCGCCAUAAGAGUAAAGGAAUUAUUGAUAAUGAGACUAAAGGAAAGAUUUCAGUGAAGGCCAUCACUAAACGAAACAAGAAGGAUCUAGGUAAAGACGAGAGACGACACCAAGCAGGGCAGCUUCGUAAGAAGAAAAGGGAUGAAGUCCUUCUCAAGAAACGAGCCCUCGGAGGCUCUAAAACUGCACCAUUCCUGGUGGCAGUUGUCGCACUCUCUCCAGAGAUUUCUACUGCUGAAGUAUUGGAAAUGCUUCAAAGAGCAGACCCUGAAGCAGUUGUCACAAACAGUCCUAACAAAAUUGUCCACAUAAGUGUUCCAAGAUUUAAGCAACGUUUUUCCUUCCUGGAAGUGGCACCUGGUGAUGUGUAUGCUACUUUGGAUGCCCUAAAGAUUGCUGAUACUGUUCUAUUUGUGGAAACAGCUCGUCAUUGGGAAGAAGGUCUCUACCCUGAAGCAGAACUGCUAUUGACUACAUCCAUGGCUCAGGGCUUGCCCACAUCGGUUGUAGCAAUUAUGGACCUAGAAUCAGUUCCAAAAAAGAAACAGCAAGAAGCCAAGAUCUCUAUUCAAAAAGAAAUGGGUCAGUACUUGCCCGAUGAAAAGGUAUUAACUUUAUCAUCAGACAGUGACUCCAUCCUCCUACUCAGGCGAAUAGGUAGCCAAAAACAAAAGUCCAUAACUCAACGAGAUCGUAGACCACAUUUAAUGGUUGAAGAAAUUCAAUCAGUACCAGAGACAGAGGGUUGUGAAUUUAUCAAUCUUCGGGUUUCUGGAUACUUGAGAGGUCAGAAUAUCACGGCAAAUCAAUUAGUUCAUAUACCUGGCUGGGGAAACUUUCAAAUCCAGCAAAUUGAAACUCCAGCAUUGGAUCCUCAUCCACUGGAUGUUCGCAAGCGGACUGAUGAUGGCAUGGAAGAAGAUGCAAAAGUCCUUGAAGUUGCUGAUCCAUCAAAGCAGGAAAGUCUUGAGAGUGAAAACAUACCCGAUCCUAUGGAUGCUGAACAAACUUGGCCCACAGAGGAGGAAAUAGCUGAAGCAGAAGCCGAACGUAAGGCCAGGAAAAUAAUCAAGAAAGUUCCUAAAGGAUUUUCUGACUAUCAGGCUGCGUGGAUUCCAGACUGUGAUGCAGAGGAAGUUUCUGGUGAUGAGGAGGAAUCUGACUAUGAUGAUGCCAUGGAGGACCCAGAUCUUGAUGCCAUGUCAGCAGAGGACAGUAACCAAUCUGAAGAUGAACAUGAUGAUGAAGAAUAUGAUACUGUUACUGUCACCGAAGGUGCACCUGAUGCAGAUCGUUAUGAUGCAGAAAUGGACAUGCAUGAAGAGCUAGAGACAUUGAAAAAACUCAAAGAUGCCAAAUCUGAUGCCCAGUUUCCUGAUGAAAUUGAUACACCUCAUGAUAUGGCUGCAAGGUUGCGGUUUCAAAAGUACCGUGGUUUACAGUCAUUCCGUACUUCUCCUUGGGACCCCAAAGAAAAUUUGCCUAGCGAUUAUGCAAGAAUAUUUCAGUUUGAAAAUUUUGAUCGUACUCGAAAACGUGUCCUAGACCAGCUUAAAGAUAAUUGCUUGGGAGCCAUGCCUGGUUGGUAUAUCACCCUUGUCAUCACCAAUGUUCCCAGGGAAAUGAUUGAAAAUCAGAAGCAUGGAAUUCCCUUAGUUUUGUAUGGACUGUUGCCUCACGAGCAAAAAAUGUCUGUUCUGAACUUGGUUCUUAAACGUCCUGCUCAAAUGUCAUUUGGUUUGCAAACCCCUAUAAAAUCUAAAGAACAGCUUGUGUUUCAGUGUGGAUUUAGAAGGUUUAAAGCAUGCCCUGUUUUUAGUCAACAUACAAAUGGAAGUAAACACAAGUUUGAGAGGUAUUUCCAACCUGAUGCUGUUGUUGUUGCUACCGUAUUUGCACCAAUUACUUUUCCACCUGCAUCAGUUUUAGCAUUUAUUGAGCGUAAAGAUGGAACUCAGCAACUGGUCGCUACAGGAAGUUUACUUUCGGUCAAUCCUGAUCGUAUUAUUUCAAAACGAGUUGUUUUGAGUGGACAUCCAUUCAAAGUGAACAAACGCUCAGCAGUCAUUCGAUUCAUGUUCUUUAAUCGAGAGGACAUAAACUGGUUCAAACCGGUAGAACUCAGAACCAAAUUUGGCCGGCGUGGACAUAUUAAAGAACCAUUAGGUACUCAUGGUCACAUGAAAUGUGUAUUUGAUGGUCAACUCAAGUCUCAGGAUACAGUCAUGCUUCAUCUGUACAAGCGAGUGUUCCCUAAAUGGACUUAUGACCCAUGUGUUACUGCACCUGACCCCUUAUUUAAGACUGUCCUGAGGUCAAUUGAGGAAGAGGAUGAGGAAAUGAGUUAAGCGGAUGAAUUUUGCCUUACAAUUUCUUUUAUUGUAACAUAAUUGUGUAUUAUAGUGUUGUUUAUUCUCCUUCAAUUAUUUAUACUUAAAAUAAAUAUUAGAGAUUUAUUCAAAGAA